UUUCAAUCAGUACUUAAUUCCGAAGCUGUUUUACCGUGUCGAAAUACCAGAAAAUAUUCAACUGCAAAUUUCACAAAAAGAUUAACUUGAAAUUAUCUCAUUUCAAAGGUGUUGAACAAAAUACUUUAUAGCUGAAAACAAUAUUGGUAAGAAUGACACAGUGGAGUGUACAAAGUUAAAAUGGCAGACUUUUAUCAUUGAUGAAAAUGCCUAUCUGAGAACGGCCAUCACACUAGCUUGACUCGUUGGCAGGACUAGAGUACAAUGGCACCACAAUGCAAGCUGUGCAACAACGAGUACCACCUGCAAGAGAGGACCCCAAUCUCGCUCAGCUGCGGACACAUCUUCUGCAGGCAGUGUCUCACUCAUCUACAGGACCAGUCGCCGACACUCAAGUGCCCAACAUGUGUCAAAGUUCAUUCAGGAUCACCAGUAUCCGACCUGACUGCCAACGUCGAUUUUCUUUCUCUGUCAACAGCUAGUACUACCCAAGAGCCUUCGAGCACUCCGUCGUUUGCGGCUAACCUCCCGAAAGGGAGCAUCUUGUUCCUUGUGAGAACGUCGACGGACAUGCAGAUCCCCAUCAAAAUUCACCACAAUACAAAGGUUGGGGACCUGAAGCUACUCCUCCAAAUCCAGUACGGGCUGGACGCUCACUCUGGCUUCUUCAGCUUCCAGGGAAAACAGCUGGAAGAUGAGAAAACACUCAGGCAGUGCAACGUCACGUCAGGGGCUAUACUUCAUGUGGACGCAGUCGAGGACGCCGUAGACAUCAUCAAGCCUUUGGGAAAAGGCGGAUUCGGCGAAGUCUUCCUCAUGAAGAGAAACGGACGACAUCUAGUCAUCAAGAAAGUAGAUUUGAAAGACCUGAACGACAAAGCCCGCACACUCUCCGUUCAAGAGAUGAAACUCCUGGAGGGCCUCAAUCACCCGAACAUCGUGUCUUACGAGGGAGGCUACAGGAAGAACGAGUGUCUACACAUCUUCAUGGAGUACUGCGAGGGCGGAGACCUGGCUAGACAGAUCGAGACGAAGAAGGCAGAAGAGAGUCUUUUCUCCGAAGUACAGGUCCUGUCCUGGACGAGGAAGAUCACUGAGGGUCUUUCGUACAUCCACGACAGGAAGAUCAUCCACAGGGACAUCAAACCAGCCAACAUCUUCCUGUCGGCCACGGGAACCAUCAAAAUUGGUGACUUCGGCAUAGCCCGAGUUCUCGGGGACGAUACCAGCCGAGGGUCCACCAUGAUCGGCACUGCAAAGUACACAGCCAUUGAAGUCAUGAACGGUGGGGGUUUCACAACGAAAGCGGACAUGUUCUCUCUGGGCUGCACCGUUUACGAAUUGGCUGUGUUGAAGACCAAUUAUCCAUACGUGAGGGUCAUUUUGCCUGAAAGCUUCAGCGAAGACUUCAAGAGCUUCGUGAUGCAGUUACUAGAACACGAUCCUGGCCACAGGCCUGAUGCCCCAGAGGUCCUUAGGCUAGCUAUUUUCAAGGAUAUACAAGAAGCAGAACCAACAGCAAACCUGACGACGCUGCAGGAGGAGGAAUACCAUCAAAACCUCUUGAAGGAAAACUCAGGAACACAAAGAACCAUCUCUAACCUCAGGAGAAGCAUUGAGGAACAAACGCCACAGACGCCACCGAGACCUCUGCCUAGAAAGAACAAAAGGGCGCCGCCCAUCCCACCCAGACCAGAGAGCAGAGGUCCGUCGAUAGAGACCAGCAUGGAAGUCCUCAACAAGUUCUGCGUCGAUUUCGAAUCCGGGAGGAACCCCGACCAGAGAAGGGGUUUGGAAGACAUCAUCGUUGCCAUGGAGACGCACAGGCACAGCAGUCUCAUCCAGAUGAAGGGGUGCCUGUCGUUGUCCUACAUCACGAUGCAGACGGACAAACAAGUGCUAACUGCAACCAUCAGGGGGCAAAUCGUCGACGUUCUGGUCAGGGCGCUGCAGAAUUAUCCACAGGACUGGGAUCUCAGGGCAUCCAGUUGCCAGACUCUCUGCCAAUUUGCAAAACCCAUAGAUUUGCUUCUGAGAACUCGAGAACUCGUGCCACGUCUCCUGCAGCUGAUAUUCGAGAACAACGAGAGGAGGGACCCGUGGUCGUGUCUCUACGCUCUCCAUCUCGUCCACACUUUGACCUCCAGAGUUGGGGAAGAGUACCGGGUUGUCAUGGCACAGUUCGGAGCGAUGGAGGUAGUGUUCUCGGUCGUCAGGACCUGGAGGGGUCUUAAAUAUUACGAGGAAAUGUACAAAUUUUGUUGGGCCAUCGUGUGCCAGCUGACAGACGACACGCCCAUCAACUGCGAGCGUUUCGUUGCACUCGGCGGCUUAGCUCUCACUCUUGAGUGCUUCUCGGCAUACCCAGAUCCGGAACAGCAAGAGCGAAGAUUGUGGUUUACGUUAUGCAACAUUUCUGAGGUGAAACACUUACGAGUGCACUUGCAGAAACCAGAGUUGUUAUACAUCUUCAUGAAAUACCUAAUUUGAAGUCACUGCGGAAUGAGAUGAGCUGGGAAGCUGCGAAGAUCCUCGUCCACGUCCUUUCUGAUGGGGAGGACGCCUGGGUUCUCGAUUUUCCUAGGACCGCCGUCAUCCUGAAAAUCGGAGAGGCCAUAAAUACCUGGGAUUUAGAUUCAGAGCCAAAAAGCGUGUUCAAGACCCUAAAACCUUUGUGGCUGCUUCUGUCUGCGUCUCACACGCCCGUCUGUCAACACUGGGCUAUCUGGACGAUGGCCAAACUCACGCGUGUGCACCGGGACAGGUACUGCCCAAUGAUCGUCGAGGAAGGAGGCUUGACUUUCCUGCAGAGGCUGAUUGACUCGGUCACGACGUCCCCCAAGAAGCCACCAGCCCUCUUCAGGAGGGGCGCAGCGUCGUCGUCGUCGUCGAGCGCGAGCGCUGCGGUCACAUUCUCGACCUUAUUGCUCGCGUUGCAAGUGAAGCACUCUUGCGAUGAUUAUCUGGCCAUCGGAAUUCAGAACCGCGACCUGGUGAUGAAACUGCACGUCGCUUCCUCCGACGGGCAUUUGGAGGCCGUGGAGGAGCUGAUCAAGGCGGGCGUCGAUCUGGACACCAGAAGCUCGAUGAUAGGCUACACAGGCCGAUCGGCCAUUCAUCUGGCUACCGAAAACGGCCACUGUGAGGUUGUGUGCGCACUUCUAGACGGAGGGGCUAAUGUGGACCAACGUGACGCGGAAGGAAGGACCGCACUGCACCUAUCAACAUGGAAUGGUCGACUUGACCUUCUGAAUAUCCUACACGUUUAUGGAUCCGAUCUCGACGCUGAAGCCCUGACGAAAGGCUGGAAGGCCCUCCACUUCGCCGCGGCUGGAGGGCAAGUCCACAUCCUGGAAUUCCUGCAGGAGAAAUGCGACCUUGGGGAGGCCACGAGGGAAAGGAAGACGCCCCUGCACCUGGCAGCCGAAUACGGCAGAGAGAGAGCCAUUCGCUGGCUGCUAUCCAAGGGGCUCGACCCUCAGCAUCGCGACGCCAGUGGAUACCGCGCUUUGGAUUACGCAACGCACAGAGGCCACAAGAGUAUCGUGGCCAUCUUGGAUGUUUACAAGACUUAGCGAUUACAGGAUACGAUCACGUAAGCUGAUAAGUCUGUUUCAGUUACUCUGAAUAUCGUUUAUGUGACAUUAAUAGAGUAAUUUUUAGAUUUUUAGGAUUUCUACAACGGCCACUUACGCACUUUUCCCGCCAAAUUUAUAGCUGGACUACAAUAAAAACUGAACCUUACCAAAUGAAUU